AUGAUUGCCUCUGGACAGUCUGGAGCCCCCAGCAACAGAGACGAGCCGCAGCGAGUGUCGCAGGCUACCCCGGCCGCGGCGGAUCCCGAGGCCGCGACCGAUGGGUUGGCAAUGGAGCACGUCAUGAGCGGUUUCGGCCAAUCCGGAGCCCUGAGAUCAAGGAGCGUUUGGUCUCCAGCCCUGUCACAUAUGUCAUCGGUGCGAUCGAACCGAUCCAAGGAGCGAGCCCGUUUCCUCAAGCGUGUCGGUCGCACAGAGACCGAAGAGAGCUUGUUAGAGAUGGACUGGUCCCUGGCGGUGCACGACGCGGAACUCCUGCGCGCCGUGCCAGCCUCCGCGAUCAUUGGUUGUGUUUCGCACACUGUCAUGAGUAGCAGCCCUGGCUGCGAGGCAACGUUCGCGUUGUCCAGGCCUGUGAUGCGCAUGCACUAUUUUGUGAGCCAUUCUUGGCAGACGCCAGCGUGGUUGAAGCUUGUCUGCUUAAUGUACGAGAUGAACGCAGGCCGCGCAGUGGUCGCCGCACUCGCGACUCAAAUCGUGAUAGUUGUGUUGCAGACUGCAGGCUUGUGGGAUCCCCAUUUCCUGUCACAAGGGGGUUUGCACUACGUGGAUGAUCAACGGAUCCAUGUCGUACCAUUCGAGGCCCACUGGUUAAUAUCGUGUUCCGUGUUCUUCUUGGUGUUGUGUUGGGGGCAGGUUAUCCCUGUACGCGAGAGCCUUUGUUUCCUGGACAAGUGCUGCAUCAACCAGACAGACUCGAUCAAGAAGGCGGCGGGGAUCAAGCAGCUCGGGGCAUUUCUGCGUAACUCAGAGAACCUUCUUGUACUGUGA